AUGACAAGCUCUAAAGACUGUAAUGGAGCCAAGCUCCGCCUCCACGUGGUAAUGUUUCCAUGGUUAGCCUUUGGCCAUAUGAUUCCACACUUGGAGCUCUCCAAGCUCAUUGCUCAAAAGGGUCACACCGUCUCUUUCAUCUCCACUCCUCGCAACAUCGACCGCCUCCUCCCCCGGUUGCCGGAGAAUCUCUCCUCCGCCAUCAGUUUCGUCAAAAUCCCACUUCCUUCCAACAACAAACUCCCGGAGGACUGCGAAGCCACCACCGACGUUCCUUUCCAUCUCGUACCUUAUCUGAAAAUCGCCAUGGACGGAAUGCGAAUCCCGGUGACGGAGUUUCUUGAGUCUUCGAAACCUGAUUGGAUUCUUCAGGAUUUCGUGCCUAUUGGCUUCCUCCAAUCUCUCGCCGCCUCGGAUGCAAAACGGGAUUCUUCAGCGCUUUUACCGCCUCGACUUUAG